AUGACAGCAGUUCAUGACGUCAAGGAAAAAGUCAGACUUGUGGUAGAGGAGGCCUAAAUUUAACCUCAUCACUUGUCACAUUUUUUGCCACAUCGCAACAACUGCUGUUAACGUGUGAACAGUUUUCACCCAAAGCGUACGAGCAUGGAGGUCAUUUUCAAAGAGGGGAUGCUGCACCUUCAAGGGGCCAAGUUUGGAAAAAGAACAUGGCGGAAAAUCUGGAUGGUGCUUUUCAAACCCAGCUCCAUGGGUGUGGGUCGGCUGGAGUUCCGCUCUAUAUCCGACAGCGAGCAGCUAAAGGCCAGUCGACAGAAAACACAAGAGAGAAAGGUUGUGCGCUUUAGCGACUGUCUGAGUGUCACCCCUGCUGCCAAGGAGUCGUGCCCGGCUCGCUGCACGGCCUUCUACCUGAACACCACACACCACACCUACACCUUCGCCUCCAUGGAGAGCCAGGACUGGAUCAGCGCCCUCUGCUGUCUUGCCUUCCAGAGGGAUCCUGGAGACUCAGAGGAAGGGGAUUUUGAGGAAGGGAAUGGCCUUACCAUGGCGGAUAAUGACCUUUACUCGUCUUGGAAAAGUGAGCCGACACUUCCUCCUGACCAGUACAAAGUGAAGGUUCUGGGCACGGAUGCGGCUAAGAGGUGCAAACUGGCCGGGGAGUAUGUGGUGUUCACAGACAGUGAGGCCUUGGAGCUCCUCGACGUCAACACAGGUGGAGUCAUCUACAGCUGGCCGUACAGACUCCUGCGCAAGUUUGGACAAGUGGAGGGGGGCUUCUGCAUCGAAGCAGGCCGACGCUGUGAUUCGGGAGAGGGAGUGUUCACCUUCCUGACCCGUGACGGUCCCCAGAUCUACCAGACUUUAGCGAGGCAGUGUUCGCUGCAGAAGAAACAGGAUGUCCAGCCCUCCGGUAUCAAGAAAAGGCCAUCAUUUGACGCGUCCUCCGUUGCCCUUCCAAACACGGUCGGCCAGAAUGAUGCUCCUCCAAUCUACAGUCUUGUUCGGGUUCGUCAUGACAAGGAGGACAGUUCUGCCAGCCAAUACGCUACGAUUAAUCUCCUCCCCUCCGAGGAGAGUAUGAAGCAUCUGUGUCUUAUCCAGCCUUAUCUCUCCGGCAGCAAAGAGGAGGUGGGAGAGGAAAGCAAAGAGGAGGAGGAGGAGGAGGAGAACCAGGAGGAAGAGGAAAUCGAGGGCGAGGAUGAUCGGUGUCAUUCCCUUGAAGCUGUAGAUGAGGAUAGCGACACAAACGACAGCAUUUAUUACAACUUGAGGAAGACCACGCCUCCACUGAUGAGAAAAACUGAGAUUGGUGAAUUUCAGUGCGUGUACAGUGAGACCAAAAGCUACUCCUCCUCCGACCUCUAUUAUCCGAAUGAGCCCUCUACCCUCACCCUCACCAAUGCAGAUCACUUUGCCUCAGCACGACCACAAAGCCUGAAUCUCCCCCCUGCAGAUGCCUACGAAUGUGCGGGGUACAGCGCACAGGCAGCGGACGACACGAUCGACCCGGAGGAGGCCAUCAGCUCCACCGUCCCAUCUGAGCCCCCCGGCAGUUUCAAACAGAGGCUGGCAGAAAUCAUUUCUAAGGACCUGGCAAAGUUCCAGCCUCCUCUUCCCUAUUGAGCAGGAAGCCCCACGUUUUACAGUAGGCUGUUAGCUCACAGACUGACUGGGAAAAACCGUUUCAAACAUGAUGAACUGUCACGCACCAUAAUUAGGCUUCUGGUGCUUGCAGAUGUUUGUAUGCUUUUCUGCUUUGAAAAUGGAUCUGGAAAAGCGGACCCCCCACUUUUUUGGGGGGGUGAGUGGGAUUUGCAAUAGCAAAAUGUGAAAUGUGAUAAUCAGUUUUGUUCUUUGCAGCUGCUUGGACAUUGAAGAAGCGUUGUACCUUUUAGAGCCACUUUGGUUGACCAGGCGAAGCAGAAAACAGUUGUUUAAAAAUAAAACCUCCAGCUGAUACAGUGCUGAGCUCGCUAAUAUUUUGUCACAUUACAAACCAGAAACUUCAGUGUAAUUUAUUGGGAUAUGACCAACACGAAGGACCUCGAAAUUGUGAAACAAAAGGAAAAGGUUGCCUGGUUUUCUACAUUUUUUCUAAAUGAAAACGAUAGAGGUUUGUCAUGGAUUUGAGUUUAGCUCUCUUUACACUCCAGCCCACCGAGUGCCACCGGCCUGCAACUUUUAGAUGCAACCCUGCUCCGACAAACCCAAAUCAAAUGGCAUGUCAGCAAGUUUUAGAAAAGUUUGGUCAUUACCUCCUAAUUUGAUUGAGGUGUGAUGGAGUGGCACAAACGUUGCAGGACAGUGGCAGCCAAGGACAAGAGUCGCAGACCGCUAAAAAUGAUUUAACACAAUUGAUCAUUGCUGCUGUACUGUCAUGUUCUUCUUCGUGUUGGUCUGACAAAAAGGCCCAGUAAAAAUAGAUUUAGGUUUGUGGUCAUAAUGUGGUAUCAUUUGUGAAACCUUAUAAUAUUCAUGAAUAUCAUUGCAAUGUAGUGUAUUUACUCAAACCUAAUGACUUGUGCACCAGAAAGGGUCAUUGUCUUCUUAUUAGCCAUGGAAUGU